AUGGCGUUUAUCCACGAGGCUUCAGAGGAAUGCGUCAAAUCAGAGCUAGAUCUUUUUCAACUGGCACCUACGCAAACAAGCAUUGAAAACUGCACGUACAUCGAGAUCCCCCCUUUAUCAGCGCUGACACCGAAUGCACCCUUGGAAUUUUUUAUAACCGGACACGGCGAGCAUUACACGGAUUUAAACAAUACUCUGCUGUAUGUGAGCUGCAAAAUUGUAAAGGCUGAUGGCACGGAUAUCGACGAUGGUGCAAGAGUCAGCCUUGUCAAUUACCCCAUAGCAUCAUUGUUCAAUCAGGUGGAUGUCACAUUAGGGGAUCGCGUGAUUACACAGAGUCACCAUUGCUACGCCUACAGAGCAAUUAUUGAACUUAUUCUGAAUUAUGGUGGAGAUGCCCUGAGCACCCAAUUUUCAGCGGGUGGUUUUUACAAGGAUGAUGCAACACUCAUGGAGAACACACUGUUGACCGCUGCUGGUAACUCCGGUUUCAGAGCGAGAGCUAGACAUACAGCCGGAAGUCGUAAAUGGGAUCUGCUAGGACCAUUGCAUAGUGAUCUAUUUUUUCAAGACAGGCUAUUGAUUAACGGUGUGGAUGUGAGCAUUAAACUCUCAAGAAGUAAAAACGAGUUCUGCCUGAUGAGAGAUGGUAAUGAAAAUUACAAAGUACAGAUCCUGGGCGCAUCUCUCUUUGUAAAACGUGUAAAAGUAUCCCCUGGUGUACGGUUGGGCCAUGCGGAGGCGCUGCUUACCUCUAACGCCAAAUACCCUAUUGAUCGUGUAGGCAUGAAGGUUUACAGCAUUCCUGCAGGCAGUCUUGUGUGUAAUCAGGAAAACCUAUUUCUAGGACAGUUACCUAAACAGUUAGUGAUCGGCUUCGUGGACAACGCUGCAUUUAGUGGUAAUUAUGAAAGAAACCCUUUCAAUUUUCAGCACUAUAAUGUCAACUUUUGCGUCCUGUAUUGUGACGGUGAACAAAUUCCUGCAAAACCCCUUCAACCCGAUUAUGAACAUAACCUUUUUGUGAGAGAAUAUAUGCAAUUGUUACAGACUUCCGGUAAAUCCAUGAAAGACCGUUCUGUGCUGAUUAACCGUGAGGAGUUUAACAAUGGUUAUACAUUAUAUUGUUUUGAUUUGAACCCUGAUCAAGGUUGCUCAGAGCACUAUUCCCUGAUCAAGAAUGGCAACCUGAGGGCGGAAAUUAGAUUUGCUGUGCCCCUCCCCAAUACCGUCAACAUGAUACUCUAUGCAAUCUUUGAAAAUCUUAUUGAAAUAAGCCACACACGCAACGUCCUAUAUGAUUACAUUUAUGGCGAAUUUUUUGACUCCUACGGAAGAUCACCAGACAGCUCUGACUUCCCCGUUGACAUCGUGAGGUUUUUAGAACUGCAAGCUAAGACAUACACAUACCAUACUCUUCAACUGCAGAACCCCCUGGCAAUAACCUGUGGACAGCAUUGUUUGUUUUAUCUAAUUAAGCGCAUGAGAGGAUUACCUUAUGAAGAUAUUUUGAAGCUAUACUCUGAAAAAGAUGACAAAAACGAUCAAAUGGUGAAGCAGUUUGUAGUAAAUAUGAAGACUGGAAGAACCAGCACGUGUAACCAAUACCGUUGUCUGCAGACAUGUAUGGCACAUUAUAAAAUAAACACAAAACAUUAA